AUGUGUUUUCAACAGCGAGAAGCAAUCCUAAAGAAUGUCAAAUUAUUUGAAAUAAAAAUACCAUAUGCUCGAUAUUCUAUCGCCAAAGACGAAUACACCGAAGCAAAAAAAAAGAUUAAUAGUCUGGUUCAAGAAAAAGAACCAGUGAAGCAUAGAAGAGAAGAAGAAAAAGAGAGAAAUAAACGAAUUGCACGCCUUCAAGCAGAAAUUGUUGAAUUAGAGAGUAUUGUUAACGAGCCACCGCCAGAAGAACAAGUAGAUAAUCGUCUUAGGACUAAUGUCGAACUUCAAUUAAAACAAGGAGAAUAUGUUGAUGUAAGAAAUAACUUUCUUCUUCAACGCGAAAAUUUUGUCAAAGA